AUGUGAACAGAUUUCAAAAGGUCAUUCCUUGCAUGUUCACCAAUCAGCAACAUCUUCGGUGGCGAGUUGGAACAUUCUGGUGACGUCAAGAUAGGCAGGAACUUGGCUGCCACAGGGCCUGGUAGGUCAUUUAAAAAACAAGGAGGAGGGGGAGCCACAAAUGGGCUGAUAGCAUGUCUAAGCUGAGGUGUUUAUUUAAGUGGUGUCAUGUCUCUGGCAUAUACAGACAAAGGGAUCCAUAAAACUUGGUUUGUGUGAUAAGAACACUAUCUCCACAGAAGCCCGGAGAGCAAUUCAAACGAAAAUAGAAAGCAAUCCAUGGUGCAGACGGAGCGAGGAGGGAUUAGCGUAUAUCCCCAGCCUUCUUUGGUUUCACGUUGGUCUUUAUCUGUGAGAUAACAUCCUGGUACAAUGAGCAAGCAAACGACCCUGACCACUUGUAUCGCCAAGAUGUACGAAGGAGGCAAGCUAGACAACGCCGGAGUCUCAGGGGCUGGACCCACAGUCAAGAAGCCCGCCAGCACCGUAAUCAACAACCGGAGUGGCUUGGAGAUAAAGUUGAACCUGCUGGAUGCAAAGGUAGAGCGGGUCGACAACAGUCAGGCGGUCAUCUUGAAGAAGAUGGACAUGGUCUUCCAAAGCAUGGGGAGCAUGGAGAGGGACCUAGCCGCUUUGAAACAGGCGAGGGACUCUCCGGAAGCUGUCGUAGGAGCCCGAGGUGGUGACCUGGGCUCGCUUUCGGAGAUCAGAGCCCUAUGCAGUGAGAUGGUGGCUCUGUUACAUAGCCUGCGCCAGGAGGGCAUGAAGCAGCAGGAGAAACUCACAGGUAUCGAGAGCUCUGUUUCCACCAUUGACAAAGUCCUGGGAUAUGUGAGCGACACCUUCAAGAGCUCUAAGAUUGUGGAGUACAUCCUACGAGGCAUUGUGCCCUGGAGGAAAGGGAGCCUUCUGGACAGUGGAGAUGAUGAGAAAAAGUCAGAACAACAAACAACAAAAACAAAAGUCAAAUUCAGCAAUCAAGAAACCCAAACCCUUCAUGGAGUCAAUAAUGCUGCUGAAGGGGCAAUCCAUGCUGCAGAAGUCACCCCCAGACAGACAUUGCAGACCAAAAUCCAUGUUCCUGUGACUGCGACUCCUGACUCCACCCCCUCACCUCAGAACCACAGCCCUCUGGACAUCUCAGUGGUCCAGCUGGACACGCCCUGCCCCACCAGCAAUGAUACUGAAAACAAGGGCCUUCGGCGGCCAAAGGAAGUGACCCUCCAGAGCAGGGAGCCCACCCGAACACAGACCUUCACCAAGGAUGCCCAGGACACUGGGGUGUGUUCGGAGGACCUGGAUGGGGCGGAGCUGGAGCAGGCUAAGGCCCAGGCUCAGGAAACCAGAACCUGUGGGGAAACGGCAGCAGGGGAGCCAGAGGCUGCUGCUGUGGAAAAGCCUGAGGUGGAACACCAGGAGACAGAAAAUACUGAGCCAGAGAGGCGAGAGUCGAUCCUGGUCCCGACGUUACCCAUCCAGCACCAUAGGGAAGAACAACCAGACAAGCAUCAGGAUGUGCAGCAAAAAGAGGACCUUCUGCCCACAUUGAUACCACAUCAGUGCAGCGCCACUGCUACCCAGCAAAACAAGGACAGCACCAAGCCAACCUGUCUGCCAAAACCAAAAUCUCAGGCUGGACCAGAUCAGAGACCCUCUCAGACAGAGUCUGUUCUGAGUUUGUCCCAGAACAAGCAGAGCCUGCCUGGACCUUGUGACUCGACACAACCCAAACCUGUUGGCUCUUUGGAAAUGGGUGAAUCAUCACAAGACAGCAAAAAAAUACCUGGUCAGGAGGUGACCGUCUGUGGCAACCAGACAAAUUCAUCCUCAGGGGCCACGGUGCUGCCACUUGUCAUCGAUGAUUGCCCCCCCUUGCCUGCCCCGUUUGAACACCGUAUUGUGAGUGCCAAGCAGGUCCCGCUAGGCACAUAUUAUGCUGUCAAGCCAAAUGAACUGCUGGGAGGGGGACGCUUUGGCCAGGUCCACAAGUGUGCAGAGCUCUCAUCGGGACUGACACUGGCUGCCAAGAUUAUAAAAGUGAAAGGCUUAAAGGACAGGGAGGAAGUGAAGAAUGAAAUAGGAGUAAUGAACCAAUUAAAUCACGUCAAUCUGAUCCAGCUCUACGACGCGUUUGAGUCCCGCACUAACCUGACUCUCAUAAUGGAGUAUGUGGACGGUGGCGAAUUGUUUGACAGAAUCAUUGAUGAGAAUUACAUGCUUACCGAGCUGGAUGCCAUCGUCUUUAUGCGACAGAUCUGUGAGGGUGUCCAGUACCUGCACCAGCAGUAUAUUCUACAUUUAGACCUCAAGCCAGAAAAUAUUCUUUGUGUGAACUCCACAGGCAAUCAGAUAAAAAUAAUUGACUUUGGACUGGCGAGAAAGUAUAGGCCAAGAGAGAAGCUGAAGGUGAACUUUGGCACACCAGAAUUCCUCGCCCCAGAAGUUGUCAACUAUGACUUUGUUUCAUUCCCAACAGACAUGUGGAGUGUAGGAGUUAUCACAUACAUGCUUCUUAGUGGCCUAUCUCCUUUCCUUGGGGACAAUGACCCAGAGACGAUGAACAACAUUCUCCACUGCAACUGGGAUUUUGACGCGGAGGCAUUUGAGAGCAUCUCCGAGGAGGCCAAGGACUUCAUCUCCAGGCUGCUCAUUCAAGAGAAGUGCAGCCGCAUGAGUGCCACUGGGUGCAUGAAACACAGCUGGCUGAACAAUCUGGAGGAAAAGGCCAAGAUGCGGCGAGUUCGACUCAAGUCCCAGCUCCACUUGCAGCGUUACUUGGCCGCUCACCGUCAGUGGAAGAAACACUUCCUUGUGGUCGCUGCAGCGAACAGGCUGAAGAAGUUUCAUCAGAGUCACUCCGUCAAGCCGGCAUAAACAAGUAACUUGUUAUAUCAGGUUACCAUAGUUUGUGCUGUACAUACAGAGCUCUAAUUAUCAAUUAACACUUUGACUUGGAUUUGGAUUCAAUCAAAACUUACCCAUAAAUGUGAUUUUUUUUGCAUGCAAGGGUUCAUUUCUUUCUUCAUAAACACAGUCUGAGUAGUUAAUUUUAUUGAUUGCUUUGCUGUGUUUGUGAAGAAAAAAAUGUAUGCUUUCAUUUAAUUUUGAGUCCAGGUUUAAGACAGAUGUAAAUUGAAUCAAGGUAAACACCACACUACCUGCUAAACCGCAGUAAACUGUUCAUCAGUUAAAAUAAUAGUCUUAGCCACCAUCCUACUUUGCAAAGGAUUGGAGCAUACACCAGCAUCUACUACAAUUAAGAAUUUAUGGAAUACAAAGUGGAAUACUAGAAUACUCUGGAAUACUAGUUUAUAUGCUAGAAAACAACAGUACUGUUUCUGGGAUAGGUUUUGGGAUGUUAGGUUCAACUGGCAUGGUAAUACAUUUUCUGUCAGUAUUUUGUAUGUAUUUAUUUUGAUUUUGGACUUUGUUUGUUAGCACGUGCAGUGAGUACAUGGAUGACAUAGCACAUGAUGUAAAAUUAUAUUCUCCUCUCCAUAACACAUCAUGAACUUCAUUUAACACUUCAUUUAAUUUAUGGUCUCCAGCAAUAACUCUCCAGCAAUAAUGUUUGCGAACAUGCUUGCAAAUUAUUUAUAAAGAUGUUGUGAUGUGGUAAUGAAGGCAUACUUCAGAUAACUUCAUAAAACACGAUUUAAAGUUUAAAGUGUGACCAAUGUCUUUAGUUAUAGGAAUUUCAACAACUCACUUUGAACACUUGCUUAAAUCAUCAAUAUCCAGAAAUAAUAGAGCUGUUCAUAGAUUAUUUUGAACAACAUGUAUCAAUCUCAAUGUUCAGAUUUAGGAUACCCAAUUGUGUGGACGGGGGAAAAUCUCAGUUUGCCGCACAACAUGUUAGCUGCAGUGGUCUUAUGAAGUCAGGGCAGAACCUUAAUAGAUUAAUGUUAGCAACUUUUGAUGAAUGGUGUCUGAGAUGACUAGCCACUGUAGAAAUGAUGGGUUUUCUGGCUCCUGACUGUUUUCUCAGUGUGUUGUUUGUGUUGUUGAUCUUGUUAUAAUAAGAAUAACAAUAAUAAUGUACAGCACAUGUUUACAGAAAUAUGGCAUAAUUCAGAAUCAAUGUGUAAAAUGUUGCUGUGUUCUGAUCACUUAUUGAACACUACACAAAGAUGUGCCUUGUAUUACUUUGUGCAUACUGAUUUCAUUCAGACAGUGAGCAUUUUUAUUUUGAAAUGAUUCUUCAUGUCAAAAUCUUAAUCUCACAUUUCUCAUGGGACUUUCACAAGCAUGUAUAUUUUGAUGUAGUUUCCCAUCUUAAUUUUGUUAAAUUGAGAAAUUGAGAGAAUUACUGUGUUUUGAGACACACAGUGCGUUUGGUUGUGGUUCCUACAGCAGUGACACUGCUAAAAAAAAGGUGAACAUCCAUUACGUUUUCCAAUUAUAUAUUACUUUUCUCUUACCUUCUGUGAAGGCUGCUUUUAAUUAGUUAUAAAUUGUGAACUCACUUGUAAUGCUGAUUUCACUACUUGACUUUAUGCUUCCUUAAAAAUGUUCAAGAUGUGUAUGAAAACAGGUUAUGUAGCCUACAACAAAAAAAUGCCAUUUCAGUUGCAUUUUUUAUCACUUUUUUUGUGCACCAAAAGAAUCACCUUCAAGAAAUAAACAUCUUAUUCUUUA